AGUGGUCGAGUUCCCUCCCACACGCGGCGUUCAGUACGCAGCUGAAAAGUUACGCCGCACCGUUUCACCAUACCGAUUGAGGCCCCCCAUCUAGCCACUUGCCGCAUGACAUCCAGCAUGCUAGCAGACGACCUCCCUUGGCCCGAACUCGGCAAUGUUUCACGCGGAGCCACCAGAGGCAAUCAGGGUCAAAAGGGUGUUCUUGGCCCGACAGACGCAGAAGGUCGCUGCGUCUUGCAGUUGCGGGUGCAGCCCGGUGUCCUGGCUGUCCGCCUGAACCGACAAGCAAGCGACUGGUAUCGCACGCUUGACGGGGAGGUCACUCGCGCUCUAAAGCUGACGAAGACCUACUGGAGGAAAGCUAGGAGACGUCAAGACUACGAUGCACGCGCGGACCAGGACCACAUGGAGCUGCACGAGUGGCUGCAGCAGCUGAAGGAUAAGGUCAUGUCGCACCUCGAGCUGCUCAUGCAGAAAGGAGAGAUACAAGGGCCACCGUACGUCAUGCCCGACCACCUGGAGCUUACGUUCCUACGGAAGUUUAUCGAGCGACAAGUGGCCGGAAUUCCUCACAACCCCCGCCUACGACGAACCUUUCUACACACGAGUACAGGGGAGCAGGAGCAGUCGGCCUUGCGCCUACAACACCCGACCGCAUCAACCUCAGCGAUCGCAUCUGGUUCGGGUUGGCAGACAGCGGAUGACGAAGACGAACAUGACGACGCCGGUGCUUCUCCAGGCUCCGGCGCAACAGACGAUACCCAAACGGUAAUGCAAGACCUUGAAAUUGCCCGAAACCUGUUGGGAAAUGCCAGGGCUGAGCUUGCGCGAGCUCGCAAGAAUUCGCAGGAAGCUUUGGCCGCUUACACGACCUGUUUGGAUGCAGAGGACAGGGCCCGUCAGCAGGUUCUGGCGGCGGAGCAGCGGCGGGACCACCUAGGUAUGUCAAGACUCAUGAACAGCUACCCCGGCGAGGCGGGUGAAGCUAUGCAGGCCGCCCGAUCGUCUCCCCGAAAUCAGCUAUUGGCGAGUGCUGUUAUGCAACAACGACCGCAAUCCAGACCAAGUACAAGCGACUCCCGAGGGAGUGGUAUGAGCCCCAUACCAAACAAUGUCAUGAUGCCCGACCAUGCAAAUAGCUGGCGGAAUAUGCGAGAUAUGACAUGGUCGCACGUAGAUAACAUGGGGGCCUCUAUGGCACAAAGUCAUAAUGUCGCGAUGAUGGAUGAAAGUCUCGCUGGGACGUCGCGGGAGCACGGAAUGCAGAUCGAUCCCAUGGGUGCCGAUCGGAAGCACCCUCGGAGCUGGGAACCUCUGCCAGGCCGAGACGUUUUCGAACGUCAGCAACUAUCUGGGAGUGCGAUGCAGUCAACCAGCUCACUGACCUCCUCGUUCCGCCAAACGGGCAUGCCAAUGGCCGUGACGGAUCCCCAACGCGUCGACCACAACGUCUCGUUCAUGCCGAAUGCCCAGCAAGGGGGCCAUCUGGGCAACAUGUGAAGCCGUACGUACCGGCGGACUCCGCAUCAACACUAGUCGCCCCUCACCGGCCUCGCUCCUUGCGGUACUUGCCUAGAUCACGCAUGUGCUAUAAGCACCACGACUAUACUGUGCAUUCUACGCCGGUCAGGCAUAUGGAAGUGAGCAUUCCGCAAAUGGCAACAUGGGAUGGUUUGACUGGUACGACUCUGUCCCUCCCUGAAUAGGAUGUUGAGCUCGCGGCUCGCGGCCGGGCUCGGUAUCAGAUGGUUGUCGUCUCACAGACUUCCACUCACCUCAUUUUGUUCCUGGGAG